AAAUAGCUUUGAGAUCUUACGUUGCUCUGCACUGUUUAGAUAGCAACGAAAGACCAUACAUAUCGGUGGUGUAUAAAUCUGCUUCUUGCUGCUGCUAUAAAACUACUAAUCAUGGCAACAGAGGUCAGACAAGUUGUAAGACAUCAACCACCAGACUGGUUCACUGAGCUUUACACUCAGUCAACCAAUGCUGAGCGUCAGAGGUCUGCAUCUCAUCAGGUCCGUCAAGAAUCCAGAUUUUUACGCAAUGAGACAGAUAGUCAGACAAAGUGGGAUCAGUAUUCAAAUGAUGUCAGACUGGCUGACCGUGUUGACCAUAUAAGGAAGUGGAAGGAAAUUCUAGAAAGGACUUUGGGACAGUUAGACCAGGAAAUUGCUGAUCUAUCUGAAGCAAAAGAAUUAACAGAACAAGCACUAGAAGCAAAAAAUCUCCCAACUGAUGUCAACAUUGAAUGCUUAACCUUGCGUGAGGGAAGAAGGAAUAUAGAUGUUGUGCAGGAUGAACCAGAAAAUCAGCUUCACAAAGAAGCCGAGGUUAUUGACGGGAUUAAAAAAGUGCUGCAGCAGAGGAUAGCAGAUUCAUUUGAGCAGCUGUGUCUUCUACAAGAAGCUAGACAACAAGUACAAGCAGACCUACAGGACAAAAAUAUUGCUUUAGGCAUUGACAUUGACCAGUACAACUUGUCUGAUAGAUCCCCAAACAUCAGCUACAAGCCUGAUCCACUGCGUGUACCUAAAGGGAGUACCACCCCUCAGCAAUGGGAAGACUUCAGUCGCUACAAUAAGGAGAGAGCUGAUGCUGAGAUGAAGUCGUCCAACAGACUCCGGGAACAAAUCCACCACACACUGCAACAGACAGCCAAUGAUCUAGAAGCACAGAAACAAGCCACUGAGUUUGCCUUCAGGAAGAGGAUCCAUGAAUUUGAGAGGGCCAAGGAUGAGCUAGAAUGGCAGAAAAAGAAUACUGAAGAUGAAAUUGCUGAGUUGGAAAAUGACAUUCGGGGCAUCGAGGAAGCAAUCCGCAACAAAAUCCGACCAACCAAAAAGGCUGAAACUAGACUGGAGAACAGAACUUAUCGGCCAAAUGUUGAGCUGUGUAGAGAUGCUGCCCAGUAUGGCCUUGUUGAUGAGGUUAAACAGCUGUAUGCAUCCAAGAAUGCACUUGAAGAGAAGCUCAAACAAGCCCAACAUGCCUUGGAUGGUCUACAGAAGAAUCUUCACCGCCUUAAUGAUGACAUUGCUCUCAAGACCCAGUCUCUUCGUUUGGAUAACCAGUGCCUAGGGGUGCGCCAGAAGUUGAACCCAUCCCCUACUAACCAGGUUGAGCACAACUUGAACCUGACUGGAAUUGAAAGGAUGAAAUCUGCUAUCUUAGCUUAACCUCACCUCAGUUUUCAAAACAUCAAAAAUUGGGACCAAUAGUGAUGCUGUUUUGGUUUAGUAUUUUAUCUACAGGAAAGCACCUUUGACCCUUUCCUUUCACAUAAUUUAAGGUUGUUUUUGUUUAAUUAUCAUCUAAGCUUGCAUCACUUCAAUUAGAGGUCAAUGUAUUUAAAAAAUUUGAGUAUUGGUGUCUGCAUAAAAUCAAAUGAGCUUGUAGUGAUUACAUAAACUAAAAGGAGGAAGUAUUUUUUUUUUAUAUGGCUUUUUACAUUUUCUUUUUACAAGUAGAUUUUAAUUUUGAUACAAAUUUGGGUUUACAUUUGAUAUAUUGUGCACAGUUAUUUUAGACACUUUUUAAUAUAUUUAUCUAAGUUUUGAAUGUAUGACACAACCUUGUGGCCUGUGAACAAUUAAAAUAUAAUUAACAUUAUUAAACAGUAUUAAAAUACAA